AUGGCACACGAAAAGCAUGAAAAUAUGUUAAUGGCUAUUGCUCGUGACUAUAAUUCAAUAGAUGAUUUAAUAGAAAUGUUUUUGUCCUUCCUAGAAAAUAAGACUGAUUAUUUUCAUUUGAUGCUUAAUGAAGAUGAUAUACAAACUUUAUCAAAAAAGUAUGAGGGUCAUAUGCUUAAAAAUAUUUUAAAUAAUAAUCAUUGUGGAUUUAAAGCACAAACAAGAGAAGAAUGUUUAAUAAAAUUAUUUAAAAAACAUCAAUUAAAUUAUAUAAUUAGAAAACAACCGUAUGUAAUCGAAAACGAGGAAAUAAAAAAAAAAUAUAUACCAAAUUGUGAUGAAUUAAUAAAGUUAAAUAAUAUUAAAAUAAAUGAAAAAAAAAAAGAACAAAAAGAUAAAUCAAACAAAGAAGAUGAAAAAGCAACAACAACUAACUUAACUCAUGAAAAUCAUAUAUCUACAUGGAAUGGUGGAAAAACUGAAAAGUAUUAUUGGAAUCAAUCAUUAAAUGAAAUUAAUUUAGAAGUUCUCUUAAAUAAAGAAGUUAAGACUAACGAAAUAAAUGUUGAAAUAACAAAUAGAAAUAUAAAAAUUUCUCACAUGAAUGAAUUAAAGUUAGAGGGUAAGUUUUAUGAAGAAGUUAAUAAACAGGAAUGCAUGUGGAGCAUCGAAGAUAAGAAAAAAAUAAUAAUUUUUUUAGAAAAAAAAAGAGAAAAUUGGUGGCCAUGUGUAAUAAAAGGAGAUCCUGAAAUAGACACAAAAAAAAUAGAAUCAAAAAAGAAUUUAACUGAUUUUGAUGAAAAAACACAAGGGGAAAUAAGGAAAUUUUUACAUGAACAAAAAUUAAAAAAUGAAAGAAUGCAAUCACCAGAUGAAAUAAGAAAACAAAAUAUAUUAAAAAAUGCAUUAAAUGGUAAAGGAUCUCCAUUUAAAUAA